GAGUACGUGUUGCGGGAUCUUGCAAAAUGAGAAGUUCUGGGUCGUCGCCUCGUGCAGACCAGCGAUGAGAAGUUGUUUCUGAUAGAACAGAACAGCUUUCCUCACAUCCCCCAAGGCUACGAGAACCCCUCCCCUGCUAAGCCUUACUAGACUCACCACAUUAGGACUACUCACCAUGAAGACAUCCUGCCUUGCCCUGUUGGUCGCCUCCUUCUCUGUCGUUGACGCCUUCGUCAACCAUCACUUCCAUGGAAGCAUGCUGGGAAGACCAGCAGCCCAUCUCCGGGGGGUGCGGCAUUUGCAUAUGGAGAAUAAGCCAAGCAACAUACAGGAGCCGCCAGCUCCGAUCCCUAACACCCCGAACGCCAUGGAGCCAGCGAAGCCGCAGACGCUGCAGGAGACGCUCAAGAGCGCAACAGUCGAUUCUAAGAUGUUCCCGUACUUCGGGUUGUGGUACUUCGGGAACUGCUACUUCAUCAUCACGAGCAAACUCGCGCUCAACGCGGCCUACGGAGCGGCUGGUUUCCCAGUAGCGAUCGCUACCUUGCAGCUCGGGUUCGGAUGCUUGUACGCCUUUUUCCUCUGGGCCACGUCGGGGAGCAAGACAGUGCCCAACAUCACAGGAGAGGACGUGUUCAAGAUGCUCCCUGUUGCUUUCUACGCAGCUCUUGCCCACUCGCUCUUCGUGUACUCCAUCGGAGCAGGAGCCGUUUCCCUCAGCUUGCUUGUCCGGGCCGCAGAGCCUGUGUUUGCGGACUUUCUGGCAGCAGCGACGGACAAGAAGAAGAUGUCCAAUGCUAAGAUUUUGAGCCUCCUCCCAAUCAUCGGAGGGAUCUACUUUGCCUGCAACCAGCAGUCUGACUUCGCCUGGACGGCUGUCAUAGCUGCAUGCAUGUCCAACUUCUUCUCCGUGUACAAGGACUACAACCAGAACAAGCUUGUGGCCGAGGCAGACACUACGGAGCACCGCAAGUCUGUCGGCAACCAGUUCGAGCUCACCAUGCUCCUCUCGUUCUUCCUCUCUAUCCCGAUGAUGAUAUCAGCGGAGGGCGUCUACUGGGACGCGUUCGGCGUCCUGCUCAACAGCGAUCCUAUCAUCCUGCUCAACAUCAUCGCCUCUGGUCUCUGGCUCUAUGGCUCCAACCUGGUCGCCAACCGCUACAUCAAGGACCCGCCGCCUGUUGUCAACUCGCUCCUCCAUGCCGGCCGGUACGCCUUCGUCAUGGUCGGAGGGGCCCUGGCGCUCGCCGAGUCCAUCGGCCCAGCGCAGCUGGUGACGUACGCAGUCGGCCUCGGAGGAGUCUUCCUCUACUCUCUCAUGGAUACUCUC